UACUGUUUAGUUGCUAAUCUUGGAAGUUCUACAAAACAAACUAAAGUUGAAAAGGUGUACCUAUUAUUGUUUAUUAAUUAAUCUUACAUCUUACCCAAUAAUUUAAUAGGCUACUAUUGUGCUGAGCAUUAUGUGCAUGUGAUUCUAGGCCUAUGUGUAGAAGUAGAAAGCUAGAUCAAAUCCUACAGUAAUAUCCUAGAAAAAAAAAAAAAAAAUUGAAACCAUUUUACCCUACAUAAGGAUGCUUGGCUAAUAAAAAUGGAAAGGCCUAAAGAAACAACCACAACAAACAAUAAACAAUUGCCAGCCUGGAUGAAAUCAACAUCAAAACUGGUUAAAGACAGAAACGCUAGCCCAAGCGAUUCAUUUUUACAUGAGGAUAGACCAUUCUUGAAAUUCAAAGGAAAAGUUAGACAUUCAAACAAAAUUGGGGACUGCGGAUAUGUUUGUGAAGCCAUUUUAGAGAAACUUGAGGGUUUAAAGGAGCUUGUUGUGGGGUUCGAUCUGGAAUGGCCUGUUCAAUGGACAAAGGGAGAAAGUCAGCACAAAACUGCCCUUAUACAAUUCAGUCCCAGCGUUGGAGUUUGUUAUAUCUUCCAGGUGACAGAAUGGAAGAAAUUACCUAAAGUGUUCAUCGACUUCAUCAGCCAUCCCAAAGUGCGAUUGGUUGGAGUUAAUAUCAAAGCAGACAUCUGGAAGCUGGGAAGGGAUUUUGAUAUCUCUGUCGCCAACAUCGUAGAGAGUAAUGUCAUUGAAUUAAAAUCUUUAGCAAACCAAAUCUUCUCUACUCAAGAAAUGUGGAGCCUAGAUCGACUUGUACUGUAUGUGCUCAAAAAACAACUUGACAAGUCUGAUGUAAGGACCAGCAACUGGGCUCAAAAAACCCUUACAACUCAUCAGCUGGGCUAUGCUGCCACGGAUGCUUAUGCAUCUUUGCUGACGUACCUACGACUGAAAGAGAUUGAAGAACAAAACUCAAAAGACAAUGUCGCCUCAUAACGCAUCUGGAACCUCGGCCCCUUAGGCUGAAGUGAGGCACUGAUGAUCAAUUCAAAAUAGCUAGUUGUGUAGCAGGAUAACUGUCCAUGUGAAGGAAUGUACAAACAGAGAAGUUGACCAGCCAACUACAACAGUCGAGGCUCUAUCCCAAGCCAUGUGUCAAGCGCUAAACUUGUAAAUUCCAAAAGUAAGGUUUGUGCUGACAGUAGAGUUUGAAAGCAGAGACUCCACUGGAUAAGGGAUGAUUGACAAGAUCUGUGAAAUCGGACUCCAAAGCUCCAAUUGGCUUGUGUGAAGGGGCUCAGUGGUUUAUUGUUACUAUCAUGGAUUUGCUGUAAACUGUUCUACUGCUUUUUUAGUUGUUUUUAUUGAAAAAAUGUGACAUACUGUUUUUUGAAAUGUAAAGUAAGAAUUGGAUAUGUUAGGUUAAAGUACUAUCAUAGACUAACCAGCACAAGUAGACUCCUCAUCCCAUUGUAAAUUUUGAAGCUUGUUUUUCGUGUCUAGUUCAUGUACGGAGGCGCUAGUGUCGACAAAAUUUUGUAUCUAUUAUUUUAGGGUUGAUUUCUUGAUUUGUGCUUUGUUAGGUUAUAUAACUAGAGAACGAGUUGUUGUUUAUGAUUCGAUCGUAUUAUUUGGUUAAACGAGGUUUUAAGUUACUGAAAUAACUAGAAACAAAUAGUAAGACCUCUACAGCACACUGUGCAGAACUAACAAUAAAAUUGUCUUCAGCUGUUCCAUAAGGAUGAGAAAUCUACUAACAGAGUAUGUUUAAUCCAUGGUACUAUUUGCUAAGUAGCGCUCAAGUUUCCGAAUAGAUUGGCAGUCUGGAGAUCUGUGUUUGAUCCAAGAUGUGUAUCUGGAUCUUUUGUACAGUGGGACCACCCUUUGAAUUGGCUGAGGUUUACCAUAUCGAACAUCCGUUGAAGGUCGUCAACAGAGUUCAUUAAUUAAAACAUACGAGACAUGGAAACUGAUGACAACCUUCAAAUGAAGUGCUACCUGACACCUUGUAUGCCUAAUGAUAGUUCUUAUAAAGACUCUCAACAACGUUGUCCUUCCACUUAUCAUCUUAAGAUUAACAAAAGAGUGUCCGUUUAAGUACUUAAGUGAUAUUUAUAUUUUAUG